UCUUUUUCCUUCCUUCAAGAAUUUUCGGCUCUAUAAAUAUCGGCCUCAACCCAACUCCGAAGUCCCAUCCCAUUAUCAUAAUCUCCUCUGACUUUUCUGCAACCCCUUUUAUUUUCAUUCUAAUCAAUUCGAAAACUUCAAUCAUCAUGUCUCAGACUGUUGAGCUGAAGGUUGCCAUGUCAUGCCAAGGCUGCGUGGGAGCCGUGAAGAGGGUUCUUGGGAAAAUGGAAGGUGUCGAAUCGUUUGACAUUGAUCUGGAGAAGCAAAAGGUGACGGUGAAGGGCAAUGUCCAGCCAGAAGCAGUUUUGCAGACCGUUUCAAAGACUGGCAAGGCAACUUCCUACUGGGAAGCAGCCGAGGCACCCGCCGCAGCUGAGGCACCAGCAGCAGCUGAGGCACCGGCAGCAGCAGAAUCAAAGCCGACUGAAACUGUCGCUGCUGCAUAAUAUUUAAACCUGUCUAGUCUUGCAACGAUAUGCGAUGUAACUCUACCGGUUAGAUUUUUAAGUACGAUAUGACAAUAAUUUGGUGUUUUGUAUUCGGCAAACUUGCCAGCUUAUGUAAUCCAUGAUAACUUCUUACACAUGUUGUGUGGUGGUUUUUCAUCUGGCAACAACAAAUGUUUCUCCAUUAUUCAAGAAAUUGAAGCAGGGGAACUGGA